AGUAAUAUUAUAGAAACACAAUGUUGAGAUUAGCAACUAGUCAAGUAUACUCCGUUCUUACUUUUAUUCUUGUUUGGACAACCGUGGUUUUCUUUAUCUGUUAGCCAGUGUAACUACUUAGUGACACACAUGGUGUAAGAAGACAAAUAUAUAGGAGUACAUUUUAGAAGGCUGUCUGAAGAAGGCUGUAACAUAGAAAGGCAUGCAUCCAUCUGAAUAAAACCCAGCUGGCCUCUCUACCUGACUGACUGAUCGACCGAUUCGUCUGUCUGAAUGAAGUCAGGCUUGCCUCCCCACAUUACUGACUGAUUCAUCCAUGUGUUCAAUUCUAAAAUGACACCAAGGGGAUUCUAACUUCGUAAAUGCAGAUGUCGCUUUCAGUGGAAGUUUAUCGUUUAAACCGUUGCAACGAUAGCCCCAAGCCCCGGCGAUGCUGGCCUUAUUUAGUCACGGAGAUUUUGGGAUUUUUAUUAGUCUGCCAAAAUUACCCAAUUAUUUAGUAAUUAGUCACUGAAGUAGGUUCUCGUUUUUAUAGCAUUUUUUCUGUUGGAUGAAAAGAUUAACGCUGGGAGUCUUGCCCAUUGACGAACUCUACAGUUGGAAAGCUGGUUGGUUAGGUGAGCUAGCGCUAGCAAGAUGAAACAUCGUUCUGAAGAAUCUAUUUCUGAAGAAUUCACAAUGAAUGAGGAUUCUGCUGACCCAUCCAAUCGUUCCUGCUUCACUGAUUCCAAUCCCCCAGAGUCACUGGUUUCUGACUGUAAUUAUAGUGGCCUGGACAACUACAGUGAAAUACCCAGAUUUAACAUCGUGGUCAAAGAGGAGCCUGAAGAUCUAGACUGGGGCGUGGAUAGAACUGGGGAGAGUCCUGACUCGCCAGGAGAACACCAGGAGAAUUGUAUGGCUAACAAGCCUUGGUCCUGUCCAGAAUGUGGAAUGCAGAUCUCUCAUCCGUCUAAUGUGAACAGACACCUAAAGACACACACACAACCUACUAAAGAAUCCUCCAUCUGCUCGGUGUGUGGAAAAGAGUUUGCCUGCCCUUCCAAACUAAAGAGACACCUCCGAACACACACAGGAGAAAAACCUUACCAGUGCUCCGUUUGUGGGAAGAAAUUUAGUGAGAAGAGAAGCCUGGACGGACACAGAAAGGAACACACAGGGGUGAAACCAUUCAGUUGCUCGGUUUGUAAAAAGAGUUUUACCCUAGCUGAAACUUUGAGGAAUCACCUACGGAUACACAGAGAAGACAAACCCCACUUCUGCUCUGUGUGUGGAAAGCAAUUUCGUGAGAAGAGGGGCCUGAAUAUUCACCUGAAAGGACACACUGGAGAGAAGCCAUUCACUUGUGCCGUAUGUGAAAAGAGUUUUACACAAGCCAAAAUCUUGAGGAGGCACCUUCUAAUUCAUACAGGAGAGAAACCGCACUCCUGCUCUGUGUGUGGGAAGCAAUUUAGUCAAAAUGGACACCUGAACAGACACCUGCUAGUGCAUACGGGAGAGAAGCCAUUUAGUUGCUCUUUGUGUGGAAAGAGUUUUUCUUCAUCUCCAAAUCUCACAGAACAUCUGAAGUGCCACACAGGUGAGAGUGAAUCCACGGGACAGGCAUCACAGCAGCUGGUAGCUGUAGAGGAGGCUGAUCUCAGUCUAGUAAUGGAUAUUAAAGUGAAAAAAGAGGAAGAUCUUGCUUUUGCAGAGAAACCUGACCACUGUUCUGACACUGAGGAGAGUCCCUCUACAUUAGAAGAAUCUAAACAACCUCCAGAGAACCACACAGUUAAGGGUUCCCACCAGUGUUCAGUGUGUGGAAGUUCUUUCCAAAUUGUUUCAGCUCUACAAACACACAUGAGAAGUCACACAGGAGAGAAGCAGUACCCCUGCACUCAGUGUGAUAUGCAAUUUCGUGUGAAAGGAGACCUGAUCCGACAUCAGAGAAGACACACUGGAGAAAAACCUUACCCCUGUUCUGUAUGUGGGAAGAGUUUUGCCAGAGCACAAACAUUACGUAGUCACUUUCGGACACACACAGGAGAAAAACCUCACUCCUGUUCUUUGUGUGGGAGACAGUUUAGUGAAAAGAGAGAUCUGAACAGACACCACAAAGUGCACACUGGAGAGAAACCAUUUGGUUGCUCUCUAUGUGGAAAGAGUUUCUCUUCAUCAUCAUAUCGUAAUCAACAUCAAAGAACACAUACAGGAGAGAGUGAAGCUGCUGGACAGGAACCACAACAGCCAAUGUCUGUAGCUGAAGAGGACUCUGGUCUUAGUUUAGUCCUGGAUAUUAAAGUGAAAGAAGAGGAGAAAGAUCCAGGCUUUGAGAGGUGUGACAUCUGCCCUUACAGCAUUGAGAGUCCCUGUACAUCAAGAGAACCUGAAUCACUCCAGGAGAAUCUUACAACUAAGAUCUCCCACUGCUGUUCUGUGUGCGGAAGAGAUUGCCAAAAGUUCUCAAAACUGCUGAUACAUAUGAGAAUUCAUACUGGAGAAAAGCCUUACACAUGCUCUUUGUGUGGGAAGCAGUUCCGUGUAAAAAAGGUUCUUCAAGACCACCAGAAAGUGCACACUGGAGAGAAGCCUUAUGCCUGUUCUGAGUGUGACAAGAGGUUUGGUUUUGUUUCAGCCUUAAAAAGACACCAACAGUUACACAGAGAUGAGAAACCCUUUUCCUGCUCUGUGUGUGGUAAGGGCUUUACCUUACAUUCACGUUUGAAGGAACACUUCCAAACUCACUCUGAAGAGAAACCUCAUUCCUGUUCUGUUUGUGGGAAGAGUUUCAGACGUGCAGAUCAGUUAAAGGAUCACUCACUGCAACACAUUGGGAAACCUUACUCAUGCUCUGUGUGUGGGAAAGGCUUUGCCCUGUCUAAACAGCUAUUGAGACAUGAGAGGACUCAUACAGGAGAAAAGCCUCAUCAGUGCCAUGUGUGUGGUAAGCAAUUUAGUGAUAAGAGAAGCCUAGACGGACAUCUGAAAGGACACUCUGGAGAGAAGCCAUUCACUUGCUCUUUAUGUGGGAAGAGCUUUACACAAGGGGAAACGUUGAGGAAUCAUCUUCGGAUACACACAGAAGAAAAACCUCAUUCCUGUUCAGUUUGUGGGAAGCAAUUCCGUGAAAAGAGAGACCUGAGUACACACCACAGAGGACACACUGGAGAGAAGCCAUUCAUUUGCUCUGUAUGUGGGAAGAGUUUUACACAAGGGAAAACUUUGAGGAGACACUUUCGGGGACACAAUGGAGAGAAACCUCAUUCGUGCUCUGUGUGUGGGAAGCAGUUUGGUGAAAAGGGAGCCCUGAACAGGCACCUCAAAGUGCACACUGGAAGGAAGUCAUUUAGUUUGGCUGUCUGUGGGAAGAGUGUCUCUUCAUCACAACCCACCAAUCAGAGAACACACUCAGGGGAGAGUGAAGCUGCUGGAAAGGGAUCACAUCAGCAGGUCUUUGUAGCUGUAGAUGAGUCUCGUCUCAAUCUAGUACUGGAUAUUAAAGUGAAAGAAGAUGGGGAAGAUCCUGCUUUUGAUGAGACGUGUGAAAAGGAAGGGAGUCCCUCUACAUCUGUGGUACCUAAGGAAAUGCAGGGGUGUCUCAAACCUCGUAAAUAUGGUUGCACUGUGUGUGGGAAACACUGGCACAGGUUAUUCAUUCUGAAAAGACACAUGAGAACCCACACAGGAGAAAAACCAUACAGUUGCUCUGUUUGUGGGAAGCAUUUCAGUGAGAAAGGAAGGCUUAAAGACCACCAGAAUGAGCACACUGGAGAAAAACCGUACUCUUGCCUGGUGUGUGGGAAGCGAUUUAGUUUUUCUUCUGCCUUAACGACACACCGACAUAUACACACACAUGAGAAACCUCAUUCCUGCUCUGUGUGUGGGAAGAGUUUUAGUCGAGCAAACCUUAUGAAGCAACACCUCCGAACACAUACAAAACCUUACUCCUGCUCUGUAUGUGGGAAGAGUUUUGCCAGAUCGGCCGAUGUUAAAAUACACCAUAGAGUUCAUACGGGAGACAAACCUUACAGCUGCACUGAAUGUGGCCAGAGCUACGGCAGUUCCCACAGUCUUUGGAGACACAAAAAGGGACACCACAGUGCACUUCCUGUAGAGGAUCUGGCUGCUGGGAUGAAGAGUGAAGAGGAUUCCCGUAGUGCAAGUGAAGAUGAAGAAGAGGAGGAGGCUACCUCCGCUGUCAAUGGCAACACAGGAAACCAGGGGUAGCCUCACACAUCAUGAUGUAAAGACUUAGUGCACACUGCUGUAUGCUUUUGACAAGUUCUUUUAUUUCAAUUGAACAAUGUAUUUGUAGUCAACAAUGACUGUUAAUUAUUGUGAAAACUCAUUACGAAAAAUAUCCAAGCAUAUUUUACCAAGUUUUAUUGUAACACAAUAUAACAAUGGCAGUAUUUUGAAGUGUUGUAGUUUUGUGUAGAAUAUCAAAUAGUAUGACUUGAUUGGUCUUUUAUUUGCAAUACGCAGUAGUGACAUUUUUCUCAGGUGUGUUAGAAAUGCCAUAGAUAUCUUGUAUAAAGGGACGUUGUGAUGAAUUACAAUUCCCUAGGAAAGUGAAAUGUAAUUUUAA